AUGGGGAUUCUCUGCAAGCAUAUCUUGUGUGUUUUUGGCAAGAAAAGUAAGUUAGAUAGAUUGCCACAGCAUUAUGUAAUGGAAAGAUGGACUAUUAAUGCUAAGAGUCAGCCUAUCCCUGACAUACCAAGUCCUACAGGGCUCCUUCAGCUAGGAUUAGAUGAUCCUACGAUGAGAAAAAGCAAGUCCAUGAUACAACUUUAUGACAUUGUUGAACUUGGGUCGCAGUCAGAAGAAAAACACAGUUUCCUCACUCGUGCAUUAAAGAAGAUUCAUAAAAAAUUACUUGCAAUGGAAGAUCACGUAGAUACUGAGGGAACACAUUAUUCAAAUAGAGGAGAGACUUGCAGUAUUGAUCAAGACCCUCCACGGGUGCCAACAAAAGGUCGACCAAAGUCUUUGAGAUCCAAGAAUCCAAAAGAAACGCAAACAACAAAGAAAAGACGCUGUAGCAUUUGCAAGGCUGAAGGACAUGCUAAAAAACAAUUGCCCUUCAGUAAGGGAUCUUCAGCCAACAUCUGUCAACCUGUCACAACCAAUGUAAUUGCAAGUUUUUAUAUGGAAGUCUGCGAGUAG